UGAAAGUUUAGCCAAAAAAAAAAAAAAAGGUCCUGUGGAUAUCAUCUUUGUAGAUAUUUUUUCUCCCCACGUUUGCGAUAGAGAUAACCCACCCAUGCAUGCUUCCAUUUCCAUGUACCCCACAUUAUGAAUUAUUAAUUAAUUGGUGCCAUAAAUUGCAUAUCGUGGAUGCAAGAAUAAUACGAAACCCACAUCAUGAGCACACUUUGUAUGGCGGAAAAUAUGAAGGAGGUGGAAGUUGAAGAUGGAUAUGUCUUGAAAGAAGAGAUCCAUCUCACGGUGCUAAAAACCUCUCUGUUCUUCGCGGGCGAUGGCUUCAGCGUCUACGAUUGCAAAGGUCAACUCGUGUUCAGAGUUGACUCUUAUGGACCCGACACUCGCGACAUAGACGAACUCGUUCUCAUGGAUCCUAACGGACGUUGCCUCCUCACCGUUCGUCGAAAGCGGCCGAGUUUGCAUCAACGGUGGGAAGGUUUCAAAGGGGAGAGAAUGGACGGUGAUAAACCCAUCUUCAGCGUGAGGAGAGCGUCGAUCAUAGGACGGUCGCGUGCGAGUUUGACGGUGGAGAUGUACGAUAACCCCGGUGAGGAGUACCAGAUCGAGGGGUGCUUCUCGCAGCGUUGCUGCACGGUUUUCAAUGUGACGAAGGAGUCGGUGGCUGAGAUUAGUCGUAAAGUGGACCCCACCACCAGCGUCGUGCUUGGGAAGGAGGUGUUCUCCCUUUGUGUUAAGCCUGGUUUUGAUGCGGCUUUUGCCAUGGGAUUUGUGCUCGUCCUCGAUCAGAUCAGCGGUGAGGAUUACGUUGAUAAUAUUGCGACCACGGAGCCUACGGUGCACCCCGCUACAGAAGAUUAAAAGGGAAUAGAGUGCAUUUUCAUCACACACUGGCAUGAAUGUAGUUUACAAAUCUUUGGGGUUUGGGUUGUCCCUCAUCAAGGGAACCUCUGCCCCUUCUUUUCUGGCUCAUGCUCAUGCCCUUUGAAAGAAUCAACUUUUCAAUUCCCAAUGCGACUGUGCCUCUGUCUUCAUUAACUUGUGAUGUUUUGAUAUGGCAUGAUAUGAUCACAAUUUAUAUUUUCAACUCUUUAUAAACUUCCUAGUUUUAUAAUUACUGUAUUUAGAUACUAUUUUCAUAUCUUUUGUUUUUUAUCAUAUCAACCACCUUCUUAUUUAUA